CCCCCCCCCCUCAGUCUGCAGAUCUGGCCGAGUACAGCGCCAAGAUCACUCUGCUGGAGGAGAUCAAGAGAGUCAAGGAGGAAGAGGCUGAGUCAUGGCACAUCAAGGUUAUGGAAGUGGAGGAGAAUCUGAUGAAGACGAAGGAGGAGCUGCACAAUGUGAGGAGUUCUAGUAUCUCAACUCCUGUUCAAGCUCCUGUUGAGGCUCCUGCUUCCUCAUCCUCCUCCUCCUCCUCCUCGGACAGCGAGAGCGACCACGAGCACAGCGAAGAGAACAGCACCUGCAGCGCCGAGCUGCAGACUCAGGACAUCAACGACCACCGCCAGGAGGAGGAGCGACUUACCGAGGCCGAGAAGAACCAGCGCCUGCAGAAACAGCUGUUGGCCCUGAGCUCAGAGCUGGCAGAAGCCCGAGACGACAACAAGAAGACCCAGAACGACCUCCUCCACGCCGAGAACCGUCGAGUUGGCCGCGACAAGUACAAGACCCUGCGUCAGAUCCGCAUGGGCAACACCAAGCAGAGGAUUGAUGAGUUUGAGUCCUUGUAGAACACCUCAGAGACCUGAUGAAGAGCUCGCCCAAAUACCUCAUGAAGGCCCCCCCCCACCCCCGUUCAGCUAUGCUUUCUUUAACUUCAGUGUGAUGUAAUUGCAGCCACACCUGAUUUUAAAGACCCAGAAAAGCGUGAAGCUGAUCUGCGUGAGAGUACCUCCGUGAGUUUUAUUUUGUCGGUUUAACUUUCAAGCACUGUUGUGUUUUGUUUUCUUUGUAGCGCUCAAACAUCUCCAAUGUGCUGUUUAGUCCCAUUACAACAUAUCAGAAAGCUGAUGUGUUCCCGAUGUCCUGUAUGAACAAAUUAAAUAUGAUAAACGAUCAAAAACUUUAUUGCAAUUUGGCUUUUUAGUUUUGUUAUUAUACCAAACUGAAGAGGUUAAAUUUAGGUUAAUUCAAUGAACGUCCCAUAUUGCAAUCAGUGACUUGUAAAACCGGAACUAACAAUAAUUUCACAUAUUGAUUCUUGUAUUGAUUAUUUUUUUGAUUAUUACGUCAUGUCAUUAUGUUGCUUGUUUAACCAACCCAAACAUAUUCCAUUUAUAAAAACAUAAAUGACAGUCAAACAGCAAAUCCUCACAUUUGAGAUGCUGAAUGGCAUUUUUUUCUCGAUAAAUGACAUAAAACAAUUUAUCGAUGAUCAAAAAUUGUUGUUGAUUCUUUCUUGUCACCUUUUUCUCCGUUAAUAGUUUCAGCUCCUCGUGCAGCUGUUUCCAUCUGUGUCCAAAUAACAAUACAGU